CCUACCAUUUUGUGCACGGCAUUUUGUUGUCGUGUGGUUGCAAUAUAUAAAUCGUCAAAAUUGUUACUUGUGACAAAUAAUGCAAAGUAAAGGACGGUUCUGCGAAUCAGCGAAGGGUCUGAAUUAGUCUAAGUCGUUGUUGAAAGCUUAAUACAACAAAGAUUUGUGUUAAUAUUCAAAGAAAACCAAGUAGCCGGGGUCCGAGCUUGCUCCAAGAAACAUGCUCAUCGAAAAUGUUGACGCUUUGAAAGCAUGGCUCACAAAAACACUGACACCCAUUUGUGAUGCAGAUCCAGAAGCUCUUGCAAAAUACAUCGUUGCCUUGGUGAAGAAGGACAAGACUUUGGAAGAACUCAGGGAACUGUGCAAUGACCAGUUAGAGGUGUUUUUACAAAAAGAAACCAAAUCAUUUGUGGAGUCCUUAUUUGUGAGUUUGGAUAACAAGUCCUACCAGCAUGUGGACAGUGGAGUAGCAAAGGGGCAUCAGGCACAGCAGUCACAGCCACCAACUUCACAGCAUUCAGCUCCAGGAAAUACAGAGAAAAGAAGAAAGUCUGAUGAGCUCCCAGACAAAGAAGACCGUGACCACAGAAGGACAAGGAGCAGGAGUCCCAGGAGAGGAAAUGACAGGGACAGAGAUGACAGACGAAGAAGAUAUGAUGACUUCGCCAGAAGAGAUUUUGACAGACAUUCCAGAGGUGAAAACCGUGGCCCCAGAUACAGCCCAGAUAGCAGAGGAUCCACCCCUACCCAGGACAAUCACAGAGACCAAGAUUAUCCACCCCCAGGAAUAGAUGUCAAUGCUAACCAUGCCUUUGACAGCUGGAGAGGGCGUGAGAGGGAUUCAUAUAGCGGUAGACCCCCAAGAGGGAGAGGAGGGCCAUCGAGAGGGAGGGGUGGACGCCAUAUGGAUAGAGGUGGACCCCCAAGGAGGCCACGCUGUAGAGAUUAUGAUGAGAAAGGGUUUUGUAUGCGUGGAGACUUGUGCCCAUUUGAUCACGGUGCAGACCCUGUGGUUGUGGAAGAUGUAGCUUUACCAGGAGUGUUAGCUUUUCCAGGUGGUCCCCAGGCUCACCCCCCUGCUCCCCCAAUGAUGCCAGGCAACCAGCCCCCCAGGUUACCUCCUGGGCCACCUCCCUCCCAACAGCCACCCCCACUGCCCGCUGCAGGUCCAACCCCUGCUAACAUGAGGUUGCCACACCCACAACAUGACAGACCCCCUAUGCCCCCAGGAGGGCCACCACUGCCUCCAAGAAAUGAGCCGUAUGAACCUGAGCCCUACAAACCAACAGAGGGUCGGCCAGGUCAGCAGCCCUGGGGUGGAGGUCCCAGGGGACCCAAGCCCCAACAGUACCAGCCUCAGCAGAGAGUGCCAAAUCCUAACCUAGUCAGCGUACCCACUGUGGGAAGUAUGGAAGAUAAAGGGCUGCCAGGCCAACAACAACAUCACCCUCCCCAGCAACAGCAGCAGCAGCAGCAGCAAUUACAGCAAUUACAACAUUCCCCCAACAGAAGAGUUGUGGCCAGCAAAAGGGGAUUGGAAGUUCCACCAUAUCAGGAACAAAUUCCCCCACAACAACCCAACCAAUACAGUAAUCCAGAGCAGCAGUUCCACAGGGGGCCACCAGCUAAGAGAGGACACUUUGAUUUUAACAGAUUAGGUCCUAGAAGAGGAGGUGGAAGAGGGGCUUACAAUACUAGUUCUGAAAAUGCAACAUUGGAAGUCAGAAAAAUACCCCGAGAACUCAACAAUAUUGCAAAAAUAAAUGAACACUUCAGCAAGUUUGGGACAAUAGUAAACUUACAAGUGUGUUAUGGUGGAGACCCAGAGGCUGCCCUGGUAUCAUUUGCUUCCCAUCAUCAGGCUAAUUCUGCCUAUAGGAGCAGUGAACCCGUCUUCAACAAUAGGUUUGUCAAAGUGUUCUGGCACAAGGAACAGCAACAGCAGCAAUCACAGCAAGGACCUGCACAACAGGGAGCUGAAGCCCAGCCACCCUCAGUAAAAGAUAGAUUAGGCUACCAUUCAGCUCAUAAAGUUGACAACACAGUUGACAACUCUGAGAAGGGUUUUGUUCACUCCACUACUGGUGGCUCCCUCACCAAGACGGUCUUCAACCCAGCAGCAGUAAAGGGGAACAAAAGCAAUUCUGCAGAAAAAGCGGCACAAAUAAUCAAGUCACAAGAAGCUUUAAAGAAAACGGAGGAGGCCAAAAAGGAUGUCAUAAAGAAGAGACUAGAAAUCCAAAAGCAGAAACAAACUUUGUUACAAAAACAGCUAGAACAACAAAAGUUGCUGAUUCAAAAGCUUGAUAAGAAUAAGGGGACUAGUCCAGAGGAGAAGGCUGUAAUUGUGAAAACAAUAAAGACAUUGGCAGCUAGUAUAGAUAAACUGAAGUUGGAGAUCACUGCCUCACCUAAUGUUGGAGGAACCACAGGAGGAGGAGGAGUGGAAUUUCAUCAUAAAUCAAAACAGGAGGCCCAGAAGGAGCUCCUGGACACAGAAUUAGAACUUAUGACCAAAGAAACCAGUGGUGGGGACACCUCAGACCUCAAGAAGAAAAUCAUGGAACUCAAACGAGAGGCAGCAGCACUUGGUAUUGUAGAAGCUCGACGUGGCCGAGGAAGAGGGCGUGGUGGAGCUGCCCCCAGGGGGCGUGGGAGAGGCAGAGGAAGAGGUGGUGUUACUAUGGCAGCCAGAUCUGUAGACCGCCGUCCAAGACAAUUGUUAGUGAGAGGGUUCAGUUUAAAUGAAAAGGAUGAAGUGAUCUCACAAUUCCAGAAUUACGGAGAGAUUGAGAAGAUAGACUGUGAUGAAAGUGAACCAAAUGUUAUACUCACAUUCAAAACAAGACAGGAAGCAGAAACAAUGGGCCAAUUGUCAUGA